AUGGUUAACAAACUGCAGGUGUACCCGGCACCGAUAAAUGGCAUAUUAGAGAAACUCGAGAUACAUGUGGACGCCCAUUACCAGGACAAGAAGCUGGACCUGGGCAUGAGAUGCGGCUGGAAGGAGCUGACAGAGUACAGGUACACAACGCUGUCGGGCCAGAACACACCUAAGCCAGGAAACGCAUCAUCCACUACUCCCACUUCAAAGAGUGAUACGACGGCAAAAACAUUUCCGUCGUCGUCGUCGUCCAAGCGUAGCGGCUGCAAAUCAGUUGCCAUCUAG